AUGGUACCCGUGCACAUCUCAAUUUCAAACAAACGCAUUGAUUUUCUAGAUAAUAACAGUUAUACGUUUGCAAUGAAUAUAAUUCAUUUAUUAAUACUACCAUGUAUUGUUUAUGGGUCAACAGACACAACAUGGGACUAUGGCGCACUUGGACCUGAUAUGUGGGCUGAAGCAUAUCCAUUGUGUGGAAAUGGUAUGAAUCAAUCUCCAAUAAAUAUUGUAACAUCAUGCACCGUAUAUAAACAAUUUCAAGAAUUUAAUUUUUCAGUCGGAUAUAACGAAUUACUCAAUUUUUCAUUAACUAAUAAUGGACAUACCAUCAUCGCUGAAUAUGGCAAUGGCAGUGUGAGUAAAUUGUUAGUAUCAGGUGGAAAUCUUGAUGAGGGUAUGUUUGAAUUACAAAAUUUUCAUUUACAUUGGGGUUUGAAUCCUCGUCAAGGUUCAGAACACACCAUCGACGAGAAAAAAUAUUCUGGUGAAGCUCAUUUUGUUCAUCUUAACCAUGUAACAUCACAAAUAGCUGUGUUGGGAUUUUUAGUUGAAGGUGUUGAACAUUUGGAAAAUUCUGCUUGGACGAAAUAUAUUGAUGUAGCUAGUGCAUUAAAAACCACGGGCAAUACAACGAUGUUUACUGCUAAUCUGACAUCUUUGAUGAAUAAUCGUUCUAAUUCGGACAAUUUUUUUCGUUAUAAUGGAUCACUCACUACGCCACCUUGCACAGAAGGUAUUAUAUGGACAGUAUUCAAGACUCCUAUUCAAAUUCGCAACUCAGACUUGGAAAUGUUACGUGCCAAUCUCUUUGCUCAAGAUUUUCGAGAACCUCAGCCAAAAAAUAUGCGAACAGUUUAUCGUAGCGUCUUUCAACAAGAAUCUUCAUCUCGAGCACAAGAUUACUGCUGUAAUACGAGAAAGAAAAGAUCAUUAUUUAGUGGUGCUGUCCUAUCUUAUUCUUCAAUAAAAUAUUACUGGGCCAUUAUUAUUUUUACUUAUUGGUUCAACGGUUUAUUUUAA